AUGGUAAAAAUAUCUAUGAAGGCAAUGAGCGAGCUUCGAAAUGAUGUUAAUGACUUUCUUAGGGAAGAUAAUAGAUCAACUUAUCUUAAUAUGGCGUAUGAGGAAGUCUUAUUUCCAGUAGAAAACAUUUAUAGAAGAAUUUACGAGGGUAAACAAUACAUGUACCUUGCAUCAGGUUGUAGAGGACGUGCUCAAAGAAACUAUAGACAUAUCCGUGAAGAGGCAGAUGCCAAACAGCUCAUAAAAAAGGGCUUAGCAUCUGAGCCUUAUCUUUAUGAAAUCCUAAAACUAGAAGUAGCAAGACAUCUUAAUAAAAAGAUUGAUAUUAACUAUUAUCUGAAAAGUGUUAUCAGGCUCUGUACACAAUUUAUAAACUAUGAUGAUAGACACCAACUAUUAUCUGAAAUUAUACUAAAAGCCUUAAAAAAGUUAAAAAAUGAUAAUAAAGCAGUAAAGAUAGUAGCCCAUCUUCAUAAUACAUAUUAUGAUGCUAAGGCAACCCUGUUAUCAGAAGCUGAUAUCAAGAAAAUUAGAGAAUCAAGAGAUAAGAUACCCAAUGCAUCAAAAAAAUUGCUGAUAAAUUUCAUAUCAGACCUAAAC